AUGGCUGGAGCUGCUUACGCCCGCGCCGCGCUCGCGCUCGCGCUCGCACUGGCCGUGGCCACCGCCGCCGCCACGGUCAAGGCGCAGCAGACCGAGUGGCUCAGGGGGCAUGCCACGUUCUACGGCGGCGCGGACGCCUCCGGCACCAUGGGCGGCGCGUGCGGGUACGGGAACCUCUACUCGCAGGGCUACGGCACGCGGACGGCGGCCCUGAGCACGCCGCUCUUCAACGGCGGCGCAUCAUGCGGGCAGUGCUACAAGAUCGCGUGCGACCGCAAGAGAGCCGACCCGAGGUUCUGCAAGCCCGGCGUCACGGUGAUCGUCACGGCCACCAACUUCUGCCCGCCCAACUCGGCGCUGCCCGACGGCGGUUGGUGCAAUCAGCAGCGCCCGCACUUCGACUUGGCGCAGCCGGCGUUUGAGAAGAUCGGCGUCUACACCGGCGGCAUCAUCCCCGUCAUGUACAAAAGGGUUCCUUGUGUGAAGCGAGGCGGGGUGCGGUUCACAAUCAACGGUCACGACUACUUCAAUCUCGUGCUCGUGACCAAUGUUGCAGGCGCUGGCUCCAUCAAGUCAAUGGAUGUCAAGAGCUCCAACUCCAAUAGUUGGAUACCAAUGGCACGCAACUGGGGUGCGAACUGGCACUCUCUUGCGUAUCUUACUGGGCAGAUGCUCUCGUUUAGAGUCACCGACACAGACGGACAAACUAUUGAAUUCACAAAGGUGGUGCCACAAGGAUGGAAGUUUGGCCAAACAUUUGCAUCCAAGUUGCAGUUCAAGUGA